AGGGGGCGGGGUGUUAAAUGUCAUACUUUUCUAUAUUUAUGACAUGUGACAACUUAUGCAAAAUGUGUGCACUCACUCAUCUACAACACAAUAGUUAAUUGAACGGUUACCUAGACUACAGUGCAUUUUGAAAAUAUUCAGAACCCUUCUCUUUUUCUACAUUACAGCCUUAUUCUAAAAUUGAUUUAAAAAAAUAAAAUCAUCAAUCUACACACAAUACCCCAUAGUGACAAAGCGAAAACAGGUUGACAUUUUUGCAAAUGUAUAUAAUACAUUUAAAAAAUACCUUAUUCACAUAAGUAUUCAUACCCUUUGCUAUGAGAUUUGAAAUUGAGCUCAGGUGCAUCCUGUUUCCAUUGAUCAUCCUUGAGAUGUUUCUACAACUUGAUUGGAGAACAGCUGUAAAUUCAAUUGUUUGACAUGAUUUUGAAAGGCACACAUCUGUCUAUAUAAGGUUCCACAGUUGACAGUGCACGUCAGAGCGAAAACCAAGCCAUGAGGUCGAAGGAAUUGUCCGUAGUGCGCUGAGACACAGAGCUGAGAAAGGGUACCAAAAAUAUUCUGCAGAAUGUCCAGGCUCUGGCUGGGCCACUCAAAGACAUUGAGAGACUUGUCCCGAAGCCACUCCUGCGUUGUCUUGGCUGUGUGCUAAGGGUCGUUGUCCUGUUAGGUGAACCUUCACCCCAGUCUGGUGUCCUGAGCUUUCUGGAUCUGGUUUUCAUCAAGGAUCUCUGUACUUUGCUCCGUUCAUCUUUCCCUCGAUCCUAACUACUUUCCCAGUCCCUGCCACUGAAAUACGUUCUCCACAGCAUGAUACUGCCACCAUCAUGUUUCAACGUAGGGAUGAUGGCAGGUUUCCUCCAGGCGUGACGCUUGGCAUUUAGGCCAAAGAGAUCAAUCUUUGUUUCAUCAGACCAGAGAAUCUUGUUUCUCAUGGUCUGAGAGUCCUUCAGGUGCCUUUUGGCAAACUCCAAGCUGGCUGUCAUGUGCCUUUUUACUGAGUGGCUUUCGUCUGGCCACUGUCAUAUAGGCCUGAUUGGUGGAGUGCUGUAGAGAUGGUUGUUCUUCUGGAAGGUUCUCCCAUCUCCACAGAGGAACUCUAGACCUCUGUCAGAGUGCGUUUCGGGUUCUUGGUCACCUCCUAGACCAAGCCUCUUCUCCCCCGAUUUCUCAGUUUGGCCAGGCGGCCAGCUCUAAAUUGAGUCUUUGUGGUUCCAAACUUCUUUCAUUUAAGAAUGAUUGAGGCCACUGUUCUUGGGGACCUUCAAUGCUGCAGAAAUGUUUUGGUAUCCUUCCCAGAUCUGUGCCUCGACACAAUCCUGGCUCGGAGUGCUACAAAUACUUCCUUAGACCUCAUACCCUGGUUUUCACUCUGAAAUGCACUGUCAACUGUGGGACCUUUAUAUAGGCAGAUGCGUGCCUUUCCAAAUCAUGGCCAAUCAAUUGAAUUUACCACAGGUGGACUCCAAUCUAGUUGUAGAAACAUCUUGAGGAUGAUCAAUGGAAACGAUGCACCUGAACUCAAUUUCGAGUCUCAUAGUAAAGGGUCUGAAUACUUAAACUGAAAUACCUUAUUUACUUUUAAUUUUUAAUACAUUAGCAGAAUUUUCUAAAAACCUCUGCUUUGUUAUUAUGGAGUAUUGUGUGUAGAUUGAUGAGGAAAUGUUUUUAUUUGGUCUUUUUUAGAAUAAGGCUGUAACAAAACAAAAUGUGGAAAAUGUUAAGGGGUCUGAGUACUUUCCAAAUGCACUGUAUACACACACAACACUGACACUCACACAAACCCACACACAUUCACAUGCUCUAAAUACACACACAACACACAGGAAUAACGAUACCACAUGCACACUUUCACAUUCAUCAUAAGCUGCUGCUAGACAAUUCUUUAUUCUUACACUUAUUAUUAUCUAUCCUGAUGCCUUGUCACUUUACCCUGCCUUCAUGUACAUAUCUACCUCAAAUGCAUUGUACCCCUGCACAUUGAUCUGGUCUUGGUACUCCCUGUAUAUAGCUCCAUUCUUGUGUAUUUUAUUCAUCUUGUGUUAAUUAUUAUUAUUAAUUUGGCGUAGUUGGGGAAGGCUCAUAAGCAAGCAUUUCACUGUCAAGUCUUGUAUUCGGCGCAUGUGACAAUAUUUGAUUUGACCAAUAUCAUGCUAUAAAACCUGCUGUCAUUCUAACAACAGUAGAUGCAUAUUAGAGUACAACACUUUUAGUGCUGUCAGCAGGUCCAGCAAAUGUGUCCUCUCUUUUAUUUUGGUUUUAAUUUCUUUUCACCAAUACUGGAGCAAUGUAAUGCCUUUGACUUAUGUCCUUUUGUAGUCAGAGUGCAAUAUAUAUAUAUAUAACUUCCUCAUUGACAAUAACAUUUUAGCUAAUGAUCUCUACCACUCUGAAGCAUGGCAAUUGUUCAUGUGUAUCGACAUGCUACUGUUGCUCUACAGGAAGUCAGGCCAUUAUAAAUGGUUUCAAACGAGAGCUGCAUUGCAUAUUUGUAGCUCACACUUCUGCAGGCAUGCCCAAGUGACAAGAGAAAACCCACACAGAGAACAAGAGUAACGCAGCUACACACAGACACACACACACACACACACUACAAAGAAUGUCAAAAAGACAAUGGUGAAACUAAGUCUCUCCUCCCCACCCCUCUCUCUCUCAUACACUCACACCUUCAGAGACUGACACCCAACAGGAAAUAAAACCAGAGAAAAUGUAAAUGAGCUUCACUGAAAAUCAGAGAUCAUUUAGUUCAGGCAACAGAGUGAAAAGAGAGACGAGAGAGGGAGGGGGGUCUAACUGGUGAGUGAAGAAGGAAGGUGAGAGAAAGUGGUGUUUGUGCGCCUGCAGCAGGAACAGCAGUCAGUGGAGGGAGUUUGUGUAUGUGUGUGAGUUUGCGCCAUGCCCCAGGAGUAAUGGACUCCCAGAACCGGUCUGCACUGGACAUCUCCACCCGGAACCCCCAGGAGGACUUUGAGAUUCUGCUCCGGGUCGGUGGAGGCACAUAUGGCGAGGUUUACAAGGCUCGGAACAAGCAGAACGGGGAGCUGGCAGCUAUCAAAGUCAUCAAGAUGGAGCCAGAGGAGGAUUUCUCAGUAAUCCAGCAGGAGAUCGUCAUAGUGAAGAGCUGCAAGCACCGCAACAUUGUGGCCUACUAUGGCAGCUAUAUACAGGCCAACAAGCUGUCGAUCUGCAUGGAGUUCUGUGGAGGAGGCUCUCUUCAGGACGUUUACCAUGUGACCGGACCUCUCUCUGAGCUUCAGAUUGCAUUUAUCUGCAGGGAGAUGUUUCAGGGUCUGGAUUACUUACAUGGCCAGAAGAAGAUUCACAGAGACAUAAAGGGGGCCAACAUCCUCCUGAAUGACCAAGGAGAGGUGAAGCUAGCGGACUUUGGGAUUUCGGCACAGAUCACGGCUACUUUGGCACGGCGGAUGUCCUUCAUCGGGACUCCUUACUGGAUGGCGCCAGAGGUGGCUGCCGUGGAGAUAAAGGGGGGUUACAAUGAGCUGUGUGACGUGUGGUCUGUGGGAAUCACUGCCAUCGAGCUGGCUGAGCUGCAGCCUCCCCUAUUCGAUGUGCACCCACUACGGGUGCUGUUCCUCAUGUCAAAAAGUGGCUACCAGCCUCCUAAACUAAAGGAAAAGUCCAAAUGGUCCUCGAUUUUCUAUAACUUUGUCAAGACAAUGCUGAUCAGGAACACUAAGAAGAGACCCAGUGCCUCAAAGAUGCUGACACACCUGUUUCUGACCCAGCCGUGUCUGAGACAGGAUCUGAUCUUGGAUCUGCUGGAGAAGCUACGUCACCCUGAGAAACUGAAGCCCUGCCUGCCGUCUGAGGAGGAGGAUGUGGAGGUUGUGGUACCUGGCUCCUUGAGAAGGAUUCACUCCAUUAACAGACACAACCAGGCAGAGAGAACCAACUCUGACAUCAGCUUGGAGCAGCUCUACACCAAGAGACCAGUAAAGACAGCCCCAGCAGAAGCAAUGGUACGACCUACAGUACAGUGUUCCACACUGGGAUCCACUGGCAGCGACAAGAGUCUAAUCAGGGACCAAUGCCUGGACUCGGAUGAUGACUACGAUGACGUGGACAUUCCCACCAUCUGCACCAGGAGCGAAACCAUUCCACUAGAUGACAUCCCACCACCACUCCCUCCGAAGCCCAAAUUUUAUACCAGUUCAGAGGAGUUUGUGACAGGGGAGGACGAACGUGGCCGGAUACUGCGCACCCUCUACGCCCCCUCGCCGCUCCUGCGAACAUCUAGUGGCACCCACACACGCCCUGUCCCUCGUCCACGGUCCCAGCGAAACGUCAACUCCGACCCUGUUUCCUUCCCAUUACACAUAACAGACAGAUCAGCGGGCCUCCAACCGCCUGAGCUGCCCCCCAAGAAAGACAGGAGAAGGAGACAGCCCCCCCAGGAUCCGGUUGAAUGUCCCAGCCCUGUGCUGAAGAAACCACCAGUGUACUUUAAGAAAGUAUUUCAUGGCUGUCCAUUGAAAGUGAAUAGUUCAACGAUGUGGGACCAUCCGACAACCAAAGACCACCACCUGAUCCUGGGAGCAGACGAGGGGAUCUACACCCUCAACCUAAACAGCUCAGAGGCCACCAUGGAGCUGCUCUAUCCAGGAAAGUGCAGCUGGGUUUACACCAUUAGUAAUGUCCUCAUGUCAAUAUCAGGUAAGUCGUCCCAGCUCCAUUCUCACUUACUGAAGGAGUUGUAUGAGCAGGCCCGAAAGGAGCAGCGAAUGGUGGCCUUGCCAACCCACAGACUAUUGCCUAGGAAGUUUGCUGUCUCAUGUAAAAUACCAGACACCAAAGGCUGCAAGACCUGCUCAGUGGCCAGUAACGUGCAGCGGGGCUGUGUGUUCCUGUGCUGUGCCCUGGAGACCAGUGUGGUGCUCCUGCAGUGGUACGAGCCCAUGCAUAAGUUCAUGCUCAUCAAGCACUUUGACUUCCCCCUGCCCAGUCCCCUGCGUGUGUUUGAGAUGGUGGUGGCUCCGCAGCAAGAGUACCCUCUAGUGUGUUUCGGGCUAAACAGGGGCCCCAGUCCUGAGCAGCCCAUUCAACUGGACAACAUGAACCUCAACUCCAACACCUCUUGGUUCACCAACACUGGCUUAGAGAGCCGGUGUCCUGGCACAGUGCAGGUGAACCAGCUGGACUGUAACACUCUGCUGGUGCUCUUUGAGAAUUCAGUACACAUAGUGGGCCUGGAGGGGGUGCAGAGGAGCCACUGGACGCUUCAAGCUGAGACCACUUUCACUUUUGAUGUGGAAGCUGUAGUGUAUUUUGAGAACACUCUGCUGGCCAUGUGGCGUCAUGGCUGGCAGAGGAGAGGAGAAGGCCCAGACAUACUGCAGGAGAUCACAGACCCCAAGAAGACCUACCGCCUGGUGGGAUCAGACCGGAUAGUUGUCAUGGAGACACGGCAGUGUGAGGACCAUUCGGGGCUCUGUAACCUGUACAUCCUGGAGAUUGCCGAGAACUAUGUCCCAGUACCUUGAGAACUCUAGAACAUGGAACCGAGCUCAAAGUAGCACCCCUGCGAACACUCCAAGCAGCAGCCAUGGCACUGUGUCGUCCAUGCCAAACAAUACUGCUUUGCUGCUGGUUUAAAGGAGCACAGCCUGAAUUCAUCCCUCAUAAUAUGUGAGCAGCUUCCACUGCCAGCCCACACAGGCAGACUGUGCCCAGACACACAUGUGCAUUCAUUCCUCCACAAAUACCUAUUUAUCCUGUAACAUUACCACAGUACUUGCCCUCUGCUGCAACCUGGUCUCAGAGCAUUUCAUAUUAUUCUGUAUGUAAAUCAGCGGCACUCCAUUUAGUAUGAUAUGCUACGUUUCGUAUGGUAUGUAUUCUUUUGUGAAUGUCCAUUUCGUAUAUGUUAAAAAUUCCUAUUAUGUUUUGAAUUUGCAAAAUGUACAAUAUGUAACAAAUUUGCAAAAGUACGAUAUGUUACGAAUUCUAGCUAGGUGGCUAACGUUAGCUAGACUAGGGGUUAGGGUCAAGUGUUAGGUUAAAGGGUUAGGGGAAGGGUUAUUGGAAGGGUUAGCUAACAUGCUAAAUAGUUGCAAAGUAACUAGAAUGUAGUAAAUUAUUGAAAAAUUGCUAAUUAUCAUACUAAUUUCAGUGUUCCGGAAUUACAUUUACUAUGUUACGUCCAGUCUUUGAGACCAGGCUGUCUUUUUUUCAUCCACAGGCUCACACACAUAGGGGCCUACAUUUCCCAUCACAAUCAAUUCUAAUAAAUGGAGAACGUUACCCAAUAAAGAUCUUCCAAAUCUGA